CAUCAUUGAUGUAUUUUUCAAUCCUUCAUACAUUAAUACUAUCCAAACGUCAUGUCCAUGGAUCCUCCGAUAUCUCACAACUGCUGUUGUCACCAACAAACGCCGAAAAAAUAUUUUAAAAGACUUAAUAAAAAUUAUUCAACAAGAGAGUUAUGAAUAUAAAGAUCCAAUCACUGAAUUUAUUGAGAGUUUAUAUGUUAAAUUCGAUUUCGAAGGUGCUCAACAUAAAUUAAAGGAAUGUGAAGAAGUACUAUCUAAUGAUUUUUUCCUUGUCGCUACAAAGAUGGAAUUCAUUGAAAAUGCACGAUAUCUGAUUUCUGAAACUUAUUGCCGAAUACAUUUGAAGAUUGAUAUUGGCGGGUUGUCACAGACACUUAAUUUAGGCCAAGAAGAAGGAGAAAAGUGGAUUGUUAAUUUAAUUCGUGAUACACGUGUAGAUGCAAAGAUUGAUUUUAAAGAGAAUACUGUCAUCAUGAAUCAAAAUCAUACAUCCAUAUAUCAACAAGUUAUUGAACGUACAAAAGGCUUAUCAUUUCGAUCUCAAGUUUUGGCUUCUGCUAUAGAAAAAUGUGAAACUCAUCAAUCGUCUAAUGCCAUAGAUAGUAUUGUAGAAUAA